GCCGCCGGGCUCGCGCGGCGCAGUAAGCUCGAGUGCGCACCGCAGCGAGGUGGUGUCUUCGGCCGUCCUGCUGUCCGCUGCCGCCGGGCUGUGCCGCUUGAGCCGGGACGCGCCUCCGCGCUCCUUGCCGCCUCCAUCCCCGCGGCCGCCGCUCCCCUCGCCGUCUGCACACACACCAUGACGAAGAAAGAGAAGAAGUCCUUCAACCAGAGCCUAGCCGAGUGGAAGCUCUUCAUCUACAACCCGACCACCGGAGAGUUUCUGGGGCGCACCGCCAAGAGCUGGGGUUUGAUCUUGCUCUUCUACCUAGUCUUUUAUGGAUUUCUGGCUGCCCUCUUCUCAUUCACAAUGUGGGCUAUGCUUCAGACUCUGAACGAUGAAGUUCCAAAAUAUCGUGACCAGAUUCCUAGUCCAGGACUUAUGGUUUUUCCAAAACCACUAACUGCAUUGGAAUAUUCAUUCACUGUGUCUGAUCCAGAAUCCUAUCAAGGGUACAUUGAAGACCUUAGGAAGUUUCUAAAACCAUACAAUUUAGAAGAACAGAAGAACCUCACAGCCUGUCCCGAUGGAGCACUUAAUGAACAGAAGGGUCCAGUUUAUGGUGCAUGUCAGUUUCCUCUUGCCUUACUUCAGGAGUGCAGUGGUGUGGAUGAUCCAGAGUUUGGCUACUCCAAAGGAAAUCCUUGUGUUCUUGUGAAAAUGAACAGAAUAAUUGGAUUAAAGCCUCAAGGAGAACCAAGGAUAGAAUGUACUUCAAAGAGUGAAAACACAGCAGCUCUAUCAACUUAUCCACCCAAAGGAACUAUAGAUUUAAAAUAUUUUCCAUAUUAUGGGAAAAAACUUCAUGUGAGUUAUCUGCAGCCAUUAGUUGCUGUCCAGGUCUCCUUUAAUGCUACCAGCAGUACCGUAAAUGAAGUAACAGUCGAGUGCAAGAUUGAUGGAUCACCCAACCUAAAAAACCAGGAUGAUCGUGACAAGUUUUUAGGACGAGUUGUGUUCAAAGUCACAGCACGUGCAUAGUAGGAGUUAGGCUGUCUCCACAGAGUAAAUGUUUUGUUGUCUGUCUUCAUUUUGUAUCAGCUGGACCUGCCAUUCUAGAAUUACGAGACCACCUUGGAGAAAGAUGGGGUGGUACAUGACACUGGGGUAACAUCAUAAUGUGCUUCCAGAUCAUAGUGUUCAGUGUCCUCACGUAACUGCCUGUUGCCUCUGCUGCCUUUUGAACCAGUGUACAGUCACCAGAAAGGGACCGUGAACACCAAUUCCGAACAUGUAGUAUGGGGGUCUUACCGUAUUUUUAUGUGGUUUAAUUGCCAAGUGUCUAAAGCUUAAUGUGCUGUGCUAUGUAAAUAUUUUAUAGAUUUAACACUGGUUAACUGUCAUAUUUUGAUGCCAGCAAAGUUUUAGGGAUAAAAUGGUACCUGAACAUCAAGUGACACUAUAGCUGCAAGAAAUGUGUGGGGAGAAGGUCUGUAUGUGAGGAGGAAAAAAGAAAAUAAAAGUGGAUUUGAAAGGUUGA